AUGCAAAUAUAUACGUUGAGCAAAAGUGUUGAGAAGGCUAUACGCGCACUUGAUGGAAACUGGUGCAAGCAAAGUGGUGCAAACCGCAGAACCAGUCCUGCGGCAGGAAGCGGCCUCGGCGUCGACCGUGCCCCCCUCCCCCCCUCCGCCCGCUAUCUGCGCGCUCUCAACCACUUGUUCCAGACAAAGCGUGUCCUUCGAGUCACUGUAGUGACGCAUACAAGUGCAUUGCACUAA